GAUACCUUACUCGUCCACUACUUUCUGGCUCAGUUCUAUUGCCCAGCUACCAUAUGUAAUGGCUGUAAAGUACAAGUACCGAGAAUGUCCUGGCCUUGGCAGGCUGAGGCACCCGGAUGACUGGAACAGAGACCGCGAUGUCCAGUGCCGUUCCCAAUCCCAGGCAUUUCAGGCUGGGAAUCGGUCUGCUGUCGUUAUGAUUUUUCCCAGGGCAGCUGGAUUUGAGAAUACCUCACCCCCUCGACGAAUCCACAGCAUCAUUAACUUUUCUUGUCCCUUGCCGGUCUUCCAUCUGUAUCCGAAUUCCUAAUUGACUUUUUUUGUUUGGAGAGUCAAUUGAUUGAUUGCCCGCGUUGAUUCAUCAUCCCCUGUUGCUGGAUCCGCAAGUGGUUUGUUGCUCUUGACCGUUUUACGCUUCUGCAGAUCCUGGUGCCGAGCAUUUCCGACUCGACCACGAAUUCCCUCAACACCCAUACCCCAUCUCUGAAGACCGAGCCAAAAUGCUUUAUCGAGGCCUUCGUCUCGCGGCGCGCGCCGCUCCUAAACUGUCGCUUUACAACACAAGCUCAGCGCUGCGGCAGCUUCCCUUGCAGUUUCAGCAUGUACGAACCUACGCCGACAAAGUCAUCAAGGUGCCAACGAUGGCCGAGUCAAUCACCGAGGGCACAUUGAAGCAGUGGAACAAGGCUGUUGGCGAUUUUGUUGAGCAGGACGAAGAGAUUGCGACCAUUGAGACCGAUAAGAUUGACGUAGCCGUGAACGCGCCGGAAGCGGGCACUAUAAAGGAGUUUUUGGUCAAUGAGGAGGACACUGUGACCGUUGGCCAAGAUCUGCUGCGCAUCGAGCUCGGCGGCGAACCACGCACACCAUCGGGCGACAAGCCGGCCGAGGCGGAGCAAAAAGAGCCUCCCAAAGAAGCGCCCAAGGAGCCUGCACCAGAAAAGCAGGCGGCCCCCGAACCCAAGCCCCAAGAGUCCAAACCGGCUCCGCCGCCCGCUCCAGUGAAGGAGGCACCCUCUGCGCCAAAGCAGGAGAGCAAGCCCGCAAAGGCCUCUACCGACACGAUCCCAACGGGCCCCAGCAUGGGCAUUGGCAGCCGGGAGGAGCGAAGGGUCAAGAUGAACCGGAUGCGCCUCCGCAUCGCCGAGCGCCUCAAGCAGUCGCAGAACACGGCCGCGUCACUGACCACCUUCAAUGAGGUCGACAUGUCGGCGCUCAUGGAGUUCCGCAACAAGUACAAGGACGAGGUGCUCAAGAAGACGGGCGUCAAACUGGGUUUCAUGAGCGCCUUCUCGCGCGCCUGCGUGCUCGCCAUGCGCGACCUCCCCAUCGUCAACGCGUCGAUUGAGGGGCCCAACGGGGGCGACACCAUUGUGUACAGGGACUAUGUUGAUAUCAGCGUGGCCGUUGCCACCGAGAAGGGCCUUGUGACCCCGGUUGUGCGCAACGUUGAGGCGUUGGACAUGAUCGGCAUCGAGCAGGCCAUCGCCGACAUGGGCAAGAAGGCUCGCGACGGCAAGCUCACGAUUGAGGACAUGGCCGGUGGCACCUUCACAAUCAGCAACGGAGGUGUCUUCGGCUCCCUGAUGGGCACCCCCAUCAUUAACCUUCCCCAGACCGCCGUCCUCGGCCUCCACGCCAUCAAGGAGCGUCCUGUCGCCGUUAACGGCAAGGUGGAGAUCCGCCCCAUGAUGUACCUCGCCCUCACUUAUGACCACCGGCUGCUGGACGGCAGGGAGGCGGUGCAGUUCCUGGUCAAGGUUAAGGAGUACAUUGAGGACCCGCGGAAGAUGCUUCUGUGAGAGCAGUUCAUUCCGCUUUGGCUGAGUCUCGAUGGCGGCGGAGCGUAGCAGGGCGACAGCCAGCAACGGGAGGAGGGUGCGGGUAGCCGUCACCCAUUCUGUAUAAUGUAUAUAACUGGGAGCUUUCCGCUGGCACAGUGCAUCCUGGGGCGUUUCCGAUUUUAGAUAUGGGCAUGUUGUUUUUCUAAGCCCCUGUGCCUAUAGAUGCCAUCUGUUACCUAUGCUACUUUAUUCCGCUUUGUGUUAGAAACAGCUGAGUGCGGUGAUACUGCUCGCCCCAGUGUUCUUUCGGAACCUGCAGGAUGGGGUAGUCGGAAUACAAGCCGGUAUCCAUGUCUAAGUUUGUCAGU